CGCAGCCGGUUUUUAUGCUGAAGGUCCGGACUGGAAAAGCCGAGUGUGUGUUGAAGUGUAGCUUGACGCUGCUUCCAGCUCAGAGAACCGCAGAGAAGAUGGCGGCGCUACGAGUCGUGGUGCUAGCGGGGAGUGGGAGAGCUCUCCUCAGCACUCCUAAACUUCUCAAGACCCCCAAGGCCAACUUGUCCUUCGCCAGCCUACCGCGGAGCAAAAAAGUUGCCCUGACAACACUAGGUGUGGUCACAGCUGGCGGGGCUGGGCUCGCUAUGAUGCUGCACCAGUCCGUCAAAGCCUCUGAGUUGGAGCUCCACCCUCCUAACUACCCGUGGAGCCAUGGUGGACCUCUGUCCGCUCUCGACCAUGCUAGUGUUCGUCGUGGCUACCAGGUGUAUAAGCAGGUGUGUUCAGCCUGCCACAGUAUGCAGUACCUGGCUUUCAGAAACCUGGUGGGAGUGUCGCACACAGAGGAUGAGGCUAAGGCCAUUGCUGAGGAGUUUGAGGUCGUGGAUGGACCUGACGACACUGGCGAGAUGUUUACCCGGCCAGGAAAGCUGUCGGAUUACUUCCCUAAGCCCUACGCCAACCCUGAGGCUGCUCGCUAUGCCAACAAUGGAGCCCUGCCUCCAGACCUCAGCUACAUCAUCCUUGCCAGACAUGGUGGCGAGGACUACGUGUUCAGCCUGCUGACUGGUUACUGUGAGCCACCUGCAGGAGUGUCACUGAGGGAAGGUCUCUACUACAACCCCUACUUCCCUGGUCAGGCUAUCGGCAUGGCCCCGCCCCUCUACAACGAGAUUUUGGAGUAUGAGGACGGAACCCCUGCCACCAUGAGUCAGGUUGCUAAGGAUGUGUGCACUUUCCUGAGGUGGGCUGCCGAGCCGGAGCAUGACACACGCAAACGCAUGGGACUGAAGGUGCUGAUUGGUGCAGCCAUCCUCCUGCCUCUGAUCUACUACAUGAAGAGACACAGGUGGACUGUGCUGAAGAGCAGGAAGAUCGCCUACAGGCCUCCCAAGUAAACAGAAGCAGACACCCCAAGCUGGGCCUAAAACUGAGAUGGCUGCGUUCAAUGACCCCACAAUGCUCACCUCAAGAAGAUCUUAGACCCAUAAUAAUGGACAAACACACACAUGCCUUUCGAGAAAAAGGGUAGACAACUAAGAGUACAUAUAUUGUGUUUAUUCCGACAGAAAAUGCCUUUUUUUUUUUUUUAGUUGGUGGCAUGAUAGGUCCAGUUGUGUGACGGAUUUUCCUGUAUCUGGAAUAUUGUGGUGCAAGCUUGUGUCAGAGAUUUGUGGCGUUCUUGAACACACCCUUCACAAAUUUUAUUUGAUCUGCAGCGAGUCACGACUGGUAGCAGUUCAUGUCUUGACAUCUCGUCUCAGACUCUGUCACAAUUGACCUAUCAGUUGUUUGACUGUCCAUCUUUGUAAGAUACUCGAUAACCACGUAAGCGCUUAGAAAUACUUGCUCAGUAAAGUUUCCUGGGCGUAUGGGAAUCCAUCCUCCACUCUUCUCCCUGCAAAACAACUGCUAAGCCUCUGUUUUACUGUACAAAAUAAAUUAUCUUAAAGGAAACUUUUCUGCGUGGCACUUUGUUUUGUCUUCUGCAGCAGCAAACGUGACGCACUCAUGAACCAUUUUAAUGCUGCCUGUGUCAUUCUGGUUGUUGCUGGCUUGUGGAAUCUGCAUCUACACACUGUCAUGUAAAUAUUUAAUAAACUGGUGAAUGAACAAA